AUAUAGUAGAUAGGGCAAUUCACCUAUUACAAACAGCCUGUGUGAAUGCAGACGUACACACAGCUGUCUCACCAAAAUAAUGCUAACUUAAUGCUGAAAGUAGUAGCCUAGUUAUUCAUGCAUGCAAACAAAAACACUGAGUAGCAGUUUGGCUAAGAAUACUGACACAACUGCGAAUGUGAACUAUUGAAUGCAAACAGAACAAAACAGCGAUACAAAGUAAACAAAAUCUAAAAAGUCAUGACAGAAUCUAUACUUAGGCUAGUUACAUUAACAGUAAACAAAUGCAAUAAACAAACAUGAAGAUCCAAAAGCCUACAGCCUACUACAGAUGCAGCCAUGCUGUCUUGCCAUAUGAAUAGGCCUAUAGGCUCGCUUCAUUCAUGGAAAAUCACGCUGCUCUUGAGUUCAGCAACAUGUUGUUGUCACGGCCGUCGUCGGAAUGAGACCAAGGUGCAGCGUACAAAACCAGAAAUAACAAAAGGGCUAUAGUGCCCCUAACCAAGACAACUUCCCACAAAUCAUACGGCCUAAGUAUGAUUCCCAAUCAGAGACAACGAUAGACAGCUGUCCCUGAUUGAGAACCAUACCUGGCCAAAACAUAGAAAUAAAAAAACAUAGAAAACAACAGAACAUAGAAUGCCCACCCAAAUCACACCCAGACCAAACCAAAUAGAGACAUAAAAAGGCUCUCUAAGGUCAGGGCGUGACAGUUGUGAUAUGGCAAAAUACACUUUCCAAUACAUACAGUUCCAUUCACAACCAGGGGAACAAAUAGGCUACCACGAAAAUCAGAACAUAGUGUAUCUAUUUCUUUGAUGUAACAUAACGAUAUGUAGCUAUACCCGGGGGCGUCAUUUGGGUUCUUGCAUUGGAAUUACAGUGCCUUCAGAAAGUAUUCACACCCCUUUAUAUUCUCCAUAUUUUGUUGUGUUACAAAGUGGGAUUGAAAUGUAAUUUUAUGUCAAUGAUCCACACAAAAUACUCUAAUGUCAAAGUGUAAGAAAAUGCUAACAUUUGUUCAAAAUUAUAUAUUUGAUUAGAUAUGUUUUCAAUUCCCUGAGUCAAUACAUGUUAGAAUCACCUUUAGCAGCAGUUUAAAGCUGUGAUUUUCUUCUGGGUACGUCUCUAAGAGCUUUGCACACCUAUAUUGUACAAUAUUUUCACAUUAUUAAAUAAUGAAAUAAUUCUUCAAGCUCUGUCAAGUUAGUUGUUGAUCAUUGUUAGACAGCCGUUUUCUAGUCUUGCCAUAGAUUUUUAAGCCGAUAUAAGUCAAAAGUGUAAGUAUGCCAUUCAGGAACGUUCAAUGCCGUCUUGGUAAGCAACUCCAGUGUAUAUUUGUACUUGUGUUUUUGUCCUGCUGAAAGGUGAAUUUGUCUCCCAGUGUCUGUUGGAAAGCAGACUGAACUAGGUUUUCCUGUUGGAUUUUGCCUGUGCUUUUACCUCUAUUCCAUUUAUUCCAUUUAUUCCAUUCCAUAAAAAACUCGCUAGUCCAUGCCGAUGAUCAGCAUACCCAUAACAUGAUGAAGCCACCACCAUGCUUGAAAAUAUGAUGAGUGCUCCUCUGUGAUGUGUUGCGUUGGAUUUUCAUCUUUUCACUCUGUCAAUUAGCUUAGUAUUAUGGAGUAACUGCAAUGUUGUUGAUCCAUCCUCAGUUUUCUAUCACAGAAAUUCUAUUCUGUAACUGUUUUAAAGUCACCAUUGGCCUCAUGGUGAAAUACCGGAGUGGUUUCCUUCCUCUCCAGCAACUGGAGUUAAGGAGGUCUGUGUCUUUGUAGUGACUGGGUGUAUUGAUACACCACCCAAAGUGUAAUUAAUAACUUCACCAUGCUUAAAGGGAUAUUCAAUGUAUUUUUUAAAUGAUUUUUUACCCAUCUACGAAUUGGUGCCCCCCCUUUGCGAGGCAUUGGAAAACCUCCCUGGUCUUUGUGGUUGAAUCUGUGUUUGAAAUUCUCUGCUCAACUGAGGGACCUUACAGAUAAUUGUAUGUGUAGGGUACAGAGAUGAGGUAGUCAUUAAAAAAUCAUGUUUAACACUAUUAUUGCACACAGAGUGAGUCCAUGCAACUUAUUAUGUGAACUUGUUACAUUUUUACUCCUAAAUUUAUUUAGGCUUGUCAUAACAAAGGGGUUGAAUACUUAUUGACUCAGAUGAUUUUUUCUAAAAUUGUAGCAAUACAUUAUAUUUACUAUUAGGGUUAAGUGCCUUGCUCAAAGGCACAUCGGCAGAUUGUUCACCUAGUCAGCUCGGGAAUUCAAACCUGCAACCUUUUGGCUACUGGCCCAACGCUCUUAACCGCUAUGUAUUGCGUGUAGGCCAGUGACCAAAAUUGAUCAAUUGUAAAUUCAGGCUGUAACACAACAAAAUGAGGAAAAAGUCAAGGGGCGUGAAUACUUUCUGAAGGCACUAUAUAUCUGUAAUAAUGUAACAAUAGGACCAGAGAUCACAUAUACUGCACAUGGCGAUUGCAUUACUUUUGGCGUGUGAAUAUCGUGCCUUAACUAUAUCUCAGGUUAAAUUAAAGUUCCUAAAGAAAAGUUCAAAGAUAAGCUGCGAUGUAGAUUAUAACUACAUUUACAGUGCAUUAGCUCUCAGCGCAGGUGUCUUUAACAGAGGAAAAUGUUUCCCCAUGUUGUGUUGUGAUCCAUUUUUAAUUUUCCAUUGGUUUUGUCUUGUCUUCCAUCACACCUGGUUCCAAUCCCAUCAAUUACAUGUUGUAUAUUUAUCCCUCUGUUUCCCCUCAUGUCCUUGUUUGUGUACAUCUGUACUGGUGAAAAUCGGGUUGUGUUGCCCAUUGAUUUUUAUUAGACAUUGGCUUGAGGGGGCUAGACACCCUUUUCUCAUAUGGACUGACCACCGCAAUCUGGAGUACAUCCGUGCAGCGAGGAGACUGAACCCUCGCCAGGCAAGGUGGGCCAUGUUUUUCACCCAUUUUGUGUUUACCCUUUCCUACAGACCAGGCUCCCAGAACGUUAAGGCAGACGCAUUGUCCCGGCUGUAUGACACAGAGGAGCGGCCCAUGGAUCCCACUCCCAUACACCCCGCCUCCUGCCUGGUGGCGCCGGUAGUGUGGGAGCUGGAUGCGGACAUUGAGCAGGCGUUACGUGCAGAGCCCGCUCCCCUCCAGUGUCCAGCUGGGCGUCUGUACAUUCCGUCUGCUGUCCUCGACUGGCUGAUCUAUUGGGCCCACACGUCACCCUCCUCUGGUCAUCCUGGGAUCGGUCGGUGCGCUGUCUUAGUGGGAGGUACUGGGGGCCCACUUUGUCUAAGGAUGUGAGGGUUUAUGUUUCUUCCUGCUUGGUGUGCUUCCAGUGUAAGGCUCCUAGGCACCUGCCCAGAGGUAAGUUACAACUCUUACCCGUUCCACAACGGCCAUGGUCACACCUGUCAAUCGAUUUCCUCACCGAUCUACCUCCAUCACAGUAACAUCACGAUCCUGGUCGUUGUGGAUCGUUUCUCUAAGUCCUGUUGUCUCCUCCCUUUGCCCGGUCUCUCUACGGCCCUACUGACUGCGGAGGCCUUGUUAACUCACGUCUUCCGGCACUACAGGGUGCCUGAGGAUAUAGUGUCUGAUUGUGAUCCCCAGUUCACGUCGAGGGUCUGGAGGGCGUUCCUGGAACGUCUGGGGGUCUCGGUCAGCCUUACCUCAGGUUUUCACCCCGAGAGUAACGGGCAGGUGGAGAGAGUUAACCAGGAUAUGGUCCCUCCUUAUUCGGGCGGUGUUCGGCGGUCGACGUCACCGACCUUCUAGCCAUCGCUGAUUCAUUUUCCAUUGGUUUUGUCUUGUCUUCCAUCACACCUGGUUCCAAUCCCAUCAAUGACAUGUUGUGUAUUUAUCCCUCUGUUUCCCCUCAUGUACUUGUCGGUGAUUGUUUAUUGUGUUUGUGUACGUCUGUACUGGUGAAAAUCGGGUUGUGUUGCCCAUUGAUUUUUAUUAUUAUGUUUUCCUGUGUUUUUUUUUGUAUAUAAACUGCGCCGUUGGAAACAGUUAUUUCUCUCCUGCGUCUGACUUCUCUGCCGCCAGUUAAACACCCUUACAGGUACUCCAUGGGUAAUAUGAGCUAGGUGUUAAAUCUGGUACUCCAUGGGUAAUAUGAGCUAGGUGUUAAAUCUGGUACUCCAUGGGUAAUAUGAGCUAGGUGUUAAAUCUGGUACUCCAUGGGUAAUAUGAGCUAGGUGUUAAAUCUGGUACUCCAUGGGUAAUAUGAGCUAGGUGUUAAAAUCUGGUACUCCAUGGGUAAUAUGAGCUAGGUGUUAAAUCUGGUACUCCAUGGGUAAUAUGAGCUAGGUGUUAAAUCUGGUACUCCAUGGGUAAUAUGAGCUAGGUGUUAAAUCUGGUACUCCAUGGGUAAUAUGAGCUACGUUUUAAAUCUGGUACUCCGUGGGUAAUAUGAGCUACGUUUUAAAUCUGGUACUCUGUGGAUAAUAUGAGCUACGUUUUAAAUCUGGUACUCUGUGGAUAAUAUGAGCUACGUUUUAAAUCUGGUACUCUGUGGAUAAUAUGAGCUACGUUUUAAAUCUGGUACUCCGUGGGUAAUAUGAGCUACGUUUUUAAAUCUGGUACUCCGUGGGUAAUAUGAGCUACGUUUUAAAUCUGGUACUCUGUGGAUAAUAUGAGCUACGUUUUAAAUCUGGUACUCUGUGGAUAAUAUGAGCUACGUUUUAAAUCUGGUACUCUGUGGAUAAUAUGAGCUACAUUUUAAAUCUGGUACUCCAUAGGUAAUAUGAGCUAGGUGUUAAAAACUGCUACUUCAUGGGUAAUAUGAGCUAGUUGUUCUCCCGUUACAGGACUUCCUGGGCCAGAUGUUCUGCACUCUGGGGGAGAUCAUUGGGUCCACAGGCAGUCGGCUGGAGAGAACCCUGUCUGGGAUCCCAGGGAAGAAGUGUGGGAACAUCAUAUUCACCGCUGAGGAACUGAGUAACUGCAGGGACAUUGCCACUAUGCAGUUGUGUGCCAACAAGCUGGACAAAAAAGACUUCUUCGGCAAGUCAGAUCCCUUCCUGGUCUUCUACCGCAGCAAUGAAGACGGAACGUUCACCAUCUGCCAUAAGACAGAGGUAAUAAAGAAUACUCUGAACCCUGUUUGGCAGCCCUUCACCAUCCCUGUACGAGCACUCUGUAACGGAGACUAUGAUAGGACAGUCAAGGUGGAUGUGUAUGAUUGGGACCGAAAUGGAAGAUGCUGCAGGUGUUACUCUCGCAACUAUUCCCACAGUCAUGACUUCAUUGGCGAGUUCACCACCAGCUACAGAGAAUUCUCCAGAGGCCAGAGCCAGUUCAACGUCUAUGAGGUUCUAAACCAUAAAAAGAAAGGCAAGAAGAAGAAAUACGUCAAUUCAGGGACAGUGACACUGCUGUCCUUCAAAGUGGAGUCAGAAUACACGUUUGUGGACUUCAUCCGGGGAGGGACGCAACUCAACUUCACAGUGGCCAUCGAUUUCACAGCAUCUAAUGGUAACCCAUCCCAGCCCACCUCUCUGCACUACAUGAGUCCCUACCAGAUGAAUGCCUACGCCAUGGCCCUAAAGGCUGUGGGGGAGAUCAUCCAGGACUAUGACAGUGACAAGAUGUUCCCCGCCUACGGCUUCGGAGCCAAGCUGCCACCGGACGGCAAGAUCUCCCAUGUCUUCCCACUGAACUCCAACAGUGAGAACCCUAACUGUGUGGGGAUCGAGGGAGUGUUGGAGGCGUACUUCCAGAGUCUCCGCACCGUUCAGCUCUACGGUCCCACCAACUUCGCUCCUGUCAUCAACCAGGUGGCACGGUGUGCUGAGGAUGUGACUGACGGAUCCCAGUACUUUGUGCUGUUGAUGAUCACAGACGGAGUCAUCUCAGACAUGGUGCAGACCAAGGAGGCUGUGGUCAAUGCUGCCGCUCUGCCCAUGUCUAUCAUCAUAGUGGGAGUAGGCCCUGCAGAGUUUGACGCGAUGGAGGAACUGGACGGUGAUGAGGUCAGAGUGUCCUCUAAGGGGCGCAUUGCUGAGCGAGAUAUAGUCCAGUUUGUGCCGUUCCGGGACUAUAUUGACCGCCAGGGCAACCAGGUGCUGAGCAUGGCACGGCUGGCCAAGGACGUGUUGGCAGAGAUCCCCGAGCAGCUUCUGGGUUUCAUGAAAACGAGAGACAUCGAGCCCCAGCCUGCCCUGCCCACCUCCUCCACCACCACUACCGCCCCUCUAGGACUCAACAACCUGUGCAUCUGAAAGUGGGGUUUGGGUGGGGUGGAGUCAGAGGUCGGGGGGGUCUUAGGUCUAGGGCCAUAGGGCCAUGGUUUGGACCAUUUUCAGUUGCAGCGAAUACCUGAAGAGACACACUGAAGCAGUUGGUGUGCACAUGAACACACACACACACACACACACACACACACACACACACACACACACACACACACACACACACACAGGCAGUUGCUGUCCUAGUCAGAGGGGUAGACUGCAAUAGCACUGAAAGCUUUUUCACUACCGCUCCUUCCAUGUUGAAGUCAGCUAUUCUCCUGAUUCUUCUUUUAUCUCACUGCCGUAGCGAUGUCCUGCCUGGCGGACACAGCCCCCCUGCUGUGAUGUAACGACUCUACAGCUCAACGGGGGUCAAAUGCAGCGUGACCUUUGGGGCGAGAACUGUUGGAACUGCCUCCGCGGUCGCCAGCCCCUUACCUAACCCUUAGCUUAUUUCUUAUUUAAGGGUUCAGGGAUCGGUCGCAGUUAAACGUCAGAAAACGGACAUAAAGAGACGGACAUAAAGAGAGAUCGAUGUUCACCUUUUUUCCUAUGCCUCUCUAGUUCUGCAUGCAAUGAGUGUUUCAUCCCUGCAUCUUCUUGUGGUCCGAAACAGAAACAGCAACAAACUGGCCUCCUGGGUUGCCAUGGUAGUAUUCUACUUUGACCCCUCUCUGGCUAAUGUAUAUUUUUCAUGUGUAUAAUGACACUAUAAACAUUGCAGAAAGUCAGUUAAUAUCCAAAACAAGUGAAAAACACAGUAUCUUCAUGUUUGGUGUCUACUCGGGGCAUUUCUGACCGAAACAAUAUGGCAUCUGGACAGUUGUGGUCUCAACCUCAGCAACUGGAGUCAUUGUGUUUAUAUAUCUUUACAACAUUUUUGCAAGGACUGGUUCAUCUUGUCCAGGGGUUGAUUGAAUAGGGAAUAUAUUGUGCUAUGCCAGUCCACACUAUAUGUAUAUAGGUAGUUGAAUGUUACUUCUUGAAAAAAUAUAUUCCUGAUAUAUUCCACGUGUUGAAAUGUAUAUGUUAAUUAGGAUGGCCUAUGGAUGGCUAUAUUUCAGAUCGGAAAAUACAUUUAGAGACAGAAUGUGUAAAUAUUGAAAUAACUUUGGUCACAAGGGCCUGCUAGCUGGAAAUUGCGUACUUCUGUUCAGAGAAAAGCCUUCAUCUUCAAAAGGAAGGGUCGUAAAUUGAAAUUGGCUUGAGAUGGAGCAUAGCUUGAAAUAUUCCCACCUCCGUUUCUUUUCAACCACCAUACAACUGGUCGUCUGAUGUCCCUGCACA